GAGCCUGUAAAGCCCAUUAUUGAGUCUAGUAAGCUAGUUGAAACUCCGACUCCAGUGUCCGAUGUCACUGCUGAGCCGCCUUCACAACCCUCUGUUGUCCCCUCAACUGUCACAGAAUCUGUGAAGGUUGCCGAAGAGAAGAUCGCUACUGCGGAAAUACCAGUGGCACCAGAGACAAUGACUGCUGACAUGGAACUCACUGCUGAGAAGCCCGCGAUUGCGGUCACAACAGCGGAGCCACCUAAGGAUGACGACUUUUUGGUCACCGCGAAGGACAUUGGCAACAUCAGGGAGGCCAUUUUGAAUAUAGAUGUGGCUAAGGAUGCUCUGGAAGAAGAACACCUUCUUGAUCUCAAGGCUGAUCUGGACGAAGCAGUCAAGCUUUCUCCAAAGGAGGUUGAAAUGCAGGCUAAAGCCUCAGACGAACCUGCAACUGACUCCGUCAAGGAAGUGAAAGAGGUUGCUAGGGAGGAGCCGAAGAUUGUAGAGGUUAUAUCUGAAAAGAAGAAGGAUGUUUCCGCCUCGGAGAAGGCAGAAAGGGCCAUCCCAAUUGUGCCUCCUGUUGAACCUAUUCAGCCAACUACUUCGAAGGUUGAAGUUGAGGAAAUCAAGAAGGAGCCCAAGACUCUGAAGGAGGAGGUAUCUACCGAACCUUCGGAGGUAGAGCUAGAGGCGAUUGCUGCUAAAAAGAAGGUGGAAGAAGAGCAUAAAGUUCCUGAAACUCCGGAAAAAUCAGAAGAUAAGAAGGAGGCGGCUAAACAAGCUGCAAAGGCUCAGAAGGCUGUGAAGCGUCUCAACCAACAAGUUGAUCGUUUGCUGAGUGAUAUUGCUGGCUUGAUGAAUCAACUUCAGUCACAUAAACACGAUGUACAGCAGAAACUUGAAUCUGAAAUUCAGACCUUGAGUGAAGAGGAGAAAUUGGCUCGAAUGGAGGAGUUAAGAAUUGAUCAGCAGAGAAUGGUUGGAGUAGGGUCUGUUAUGGCUGCGCUGGAGAAGCUUCAACAAGAUCCGAAUAUCGAUCCAAAGGCUCGUGAUCGGUGGUAUAAAAUCUUGGUAGCCUUGGAUGAGGAUAAGGAUGGGCAGAUUGAACUCAAACAUAUUUUAGGGCUGCUUGAGAUAUUAGAAGGCGAGAAGGACGGUAUACAGAUGAGUUCAAUGGCUAACGCGCUUGAAAUGCUCGAUCAAGAAGAUAUGAAGCGAGAAGAGGCUGUGGAAGAGAAGGAAUCUUCCACUUCGGAACCGGAAGAUAAGACUAAAGAGCCGAAGGAAUAG